UUUUGAAUUUGAAUUAUUGAUCAAUAAAUUGAAUUUAAUUUUCUUAUCACCUUAUUCCAUCACCUCCUGGACCUAAUCUAUUUGGAAAGUACCACAUUAACCCUGUAACCAAUGAUUGCGGGUCCCUUGUUUUAAGACCAAAAUACACGCCGGGUCUAUAUGAGCCCCAAAAUUGCUCUGGAACUUUCAACCCACUGUCUAUGACAACCUGUAAGUGGAUAUUGAAUAAAAAGUCCUGAAAACAUGACCGAUUCCUUUCAAAAAGUAGCAGGAUUUUGUUCAGACUGCGGUUCCAUUUUACCGCCUUUGAGAGGCACUGGUGACGUUACAUGCUAUUCAUGUUCUAGGGUUUUUGCUCCCGAGAUGCUUAUCGAUAGCAACAGUAAAGUUCAUUAUACAAUACAUUUUAAUGAUCGCUCUACAAAAGGCAAACAAGCAGAUAAAACUGGUGAAGACGAAGAAGAGGGGCCCAUUGUGGAAAGGAAAUGUCCCAAGUGUGGUAAUGAAAAAAUGUCUUACGCUACAUUACAACUGAGGUCCGCUGAUGAAGGGCAAACAGUUUUUUAUACUUGCACCAAGUGCAAAUUUAAGGAAAGUGAAAAUUCAUAAAUAAAAAUAACAUUUUUCUCAUUCCAUAGUUAGUUUUAUUUAUUAAAGUAAAAAUUAAUGUCCACAAUUCAUGAGCUCAACUCAAUUUAGUCAAGUUCUAUAAUUGGGUCCACUGUAUGCCAUAGUUUUUUGUUUUCAUAAUACUUAAUAACUACUUCGGGACAUCUAGCAUUUGCUUGGCUUGAUGGCACUAAAUCUGCUUCUUUGCAAUUUUUCCACAUCAUCAAAAAUAGCAAUUCUCCUGUAGCAUUUGUUGCACCAACUAUUUUUAAUGGUUCUAAGCCUCUAUCGAA